AUGCCUGCCAGCAAUCUGCAGAAAAACACACCACCAACAAACCAAACAAUAAGAAAACGCGCAAAUGCCCGUUACACACAGCUUAUUUUUCGCAGAGUCGUCCAAGCUGAGUGUUGCUCCGGCGAAGCCGAAAGAAAAAAAAAAGCCUGUCAGCAAAGGAGGUGUGUUGACGCGACGACAGACAACAAUUGGAAUGAGCCGGGGAGAAUGGGGGGGGGUGGUGGGUGGCUGGUGCAAAGAUCCGCCGGGCCGAGAAACGCGACAUGUGACUUUGGUCACGUGCCAGCCAAGGCAUGUGUGUGUGUGUGCAAUGACGCAAGAACACUUUUUCUUUACCCAGCAAUGCCUUAA